GUCGCGAAAUAUGGAGCGAAUCCACUCCAAAUUAUUUUGUAUUUCCACUUAUUUAUGAAUGAAAAUGGAAUAUUUCUGACUUAAGUCUAUAAUAAUACACCGUGUUAAUUCAUUGUAAACUAUUUAUUAUAACUUUAUAACCAACAUGAGUGAGACUACUAUUUCUGGAUGUUGAUAAACUAUAGUUAAUAAUUGUUGUUGUUAACAGUAAUUGUUGUAUUAGAUUGUUGUAAAAUUGUUGUUGAAUCUAGUCUUCCGCGAGUUUUAGUGAUUUUGAGCUUGUUAAUUAAAAUAUCAAGGCAAAGAGUUGUGUCGUAGGUUGUGUAUUAAAAUAGAUAUCGGUGUUAUUUUUAAAGAAUCCAUAAUGCGGUACAAACGGCGUACGUCCCAGAGUACAAGGAACACACGUCACUGCGACAAGAAGUAUACAAUCCAGUUGGACCUGGACUAUCUGGAGCGUGGGGGAGGUGGCACCAUGACAGUGGGUGCGCCGAGCGUGGAGCCCAGCCCGGACAGCUUGGAUCUCAUCAAAGUGGUGCUGCUCGGCGCUCCAGCAGUGGGCAAAACUAGCAUCAUACAGCAAUUCGUCUGGAGCGACUUCUCCGAGGAGUACAUACCGACGGACAAAAAACACACGUUCUACCCUUCGGUGAUCAUCAACGAACACCUCUACGAAGUCAAGAUCACUGACGUGCCAGUCAUCCCCUACUUCCCCAUCAACUCGUACUACGAGUGGGCACACUACCGCUUCUACGGCCUGAGGAACGCCACUGCCUACAUCCUAGUCUUCGAUCUGUCGAACGUGGAGACCUUCCAAUACAUCCGCACACUCAGAGACCAAAUGGUCGAGAGUAGGGACAUGAGGAAUGUACCCGUUCUUGUAGUCGGGAAUAAGCAAGACUUGUUGUGCAGUAACACGCCGUCAGCCGCAAGCGGUCUGCAACAGCUAGCCAUAGCUGAAAGCGCUUGUGGGGACUCUAGAGAAAAACGACGGAAUAUAGUAAAUCUGGUUCGCAAGCAUUGGAAGUGUGGCUAUGUGGAGUGCUCGGCUAAGUAUAACUGGAGGGUAAUAGCAGUGUUUAAAGAGUUGAUGGAGAUGAUUGAUGCUCUGGAGUGGAGCGGUGGGGGGAGGAGUUCCGAGCCCCCUCCUGACUCCUCGGCGGGAGGCGCGUCCGAAAACAGAUGCACCGUUACUUAGCACCAUUGCAAGAUUUAUAAGGAACGCCUGAAGCUAGAAUGGAAAAGGUUUUGUUAGGAUUGGACAAUGUUUUAGCAUACGUGAGAAACGCACACUAGAUUAGUGUUGUCGAUGUUAAAAUACAGUU